AUGUUUACCGCUCCGAAUUCUCCACGGCUUGAUGAUCUUGACUCACCCAGGACAGGCCGUUUGAAUACUAUGGUCAGACGCUCAACGAUGCCUGAGGCCGCUGAGCACCGUGGUGGGAUGUCUGAGGGAGAAGGUCGUGACCACCUAAUUGGUCGGCGGCCUGCAUGGACGCGUGGGAGCUCGUGGAUUGGUUCACAGCGGACCGGGCAUCCCAGUGCCGAUGAUGCUGAUAUUCAACCUCGCACACCUGGUCAUCGCCGCCGUAUUUCUGAGAUGUUUGGAGCAGGCGGCGGAGUAUCAGAUGGCGACUGGUUGACAGCACCAAGACGACCAUUCUUAGGCGCGGAUCGAGCUGCAACUUUCGGUGCUCAGAGAUGGAGGCAGGUGAAGCAUACGCUGAAAAUGCUUGGUAAGAGGAGAACAGAUCAGUUCGAUUUCUACAAAUCUGCCGAGCUCAUGGCUGAGCUGCGGGCUGUGACGCCGGCUGUUGUCAUCCUCGCCAGUAUGCUGCAGCGAGACGAGCAUGGGAACAAGCGCAUACCUGUCCUUCUUGAGCAGCUUAACCUACGGGUCAUCGACAGUCGUCCAGAAGAUAGCACUAGUGAGAGACACUAUCUUUACAAUCGCCUUGGAGUAUGGUAG